AUGUCCACCUCCGCGUGUCCGUAUGGCGAACUGGUCCCCAGUAAUGUGGAGGAACUGGUCUUGCACGGAGAGGAGGUGUCCCCCGCCGCCAGCGACCUGGCCAUGGUCUUGACCCGAGGGCUGAGCCUGGAGCACCAGAAGAGCAGCCGGGACUCGCUGCAGUACUCCAGUGGCUACAGCACGCAGACCACCACCCCCUCCUGCUCCGAGGACACCAUCCCUUCCCAAGGUACCGGCCCCACCGCGGCGGGGGGCACCCAGGGCCACCCGAAAUGGCACCCGGAGGGAGGCAGAGGACGGCAGAAGCUGCUGUGGUCCUGGGGCAUGUCUGCAUGCACGGGGUGUGGUAGCGUUGGGCUGCAGUCUCGUGACGCGGAGACGGUGGCAGAUGGCGGGGUGAUGGCAGCGGAGGUGGCGGUUGGAGAUCAGAUCACCACGGGAACAGUCGCGUUGUGCUGUGAUCGUGUUGGCGGAGCCUGUUGUGAGCACGUGGUGGCGGAGUUUGGCUGUGAUCCCGUUGGGGCAGUGGUGGUUGGGGUGGUUGUGACGGUGACGGUUGGGUCUGACGAUGACUGUGCGGUGGUGACGGCUGAGGGCCACCAGCCCGUCCCCAAGCCCUCCCGUCCCCUUGCAGAUGUGACAGACCCCAACAGCAUCAAGGCAGCAGUUGGGAAGGUGCGGGAGAAAGUGGGAAGCGCCGGCCUCAACCUCCUGAUCAACAACGCCUGCACCACGCGCCGCAGCACAGUGGCCACCGAGACAGCGGAGAACAUGACCCUGGUCUACACCACCAACACCAUCGGGCCCCUGCAGACCAGCCAGGCGUUCCUGCCCCUGCUGAAGGAGGCGGCCAAGGCCAAAGGGCAGUGUGAGAUGAGCUGCAGCAGAGCCGCCAUCGUCAACAUCUCCAGCAUCCUGGGCUCCAUCGAGGCGGCAGAGGCCUGGGAGGAGAGGCAGGACAUCUGCUACCGCUGCAGCAAGGCUGCUCUGAACAUGCUCACCAAGUGCCUGGCCCUGGAGUACGGGGGCAGCGGGAUCCUCUGCGUCUCUGUGGACCCCGGCUGUGUGACACCUCCCUUGGGACAGGGGAUGGACUCCCCUUCCCCGGGCACCCCGUCCCAUGGCUAUCCCUUCUGA